AUGGGUCAAGUCAAACCACAGCAGCAGUCGGGAAAGAAGGCGCAGCCGAACGGUCGAGGCCAGCGACAGCGGGGUGGACGUGGCCGGCACGGUCGAAAGCAUCGAACUCCUUCCCACUGGUCUUUUGCUCAGGACUUCGCAGCCGGACCUCCCUCCUCCGCCUCCAAACCCUGGGUUUCCCUUGGAAAUCUCGACUUCAGCCUUCAGCGGUGGAUGAGAAACGGAAACCCGGAUCAGACGCUCGCUAAUUGGGGCCUCGACACUGAUCACUAUGCUUCACUUGAGGACCGCGUCCUUGCCGAUAUCGCGCUCAAGUGGCCCGAUGCGACCGUUUCCCUGCUCUACGAGAAGACGCAGGAGGCGAGGGAGCACGUUUACCAUCACUUCGCGAGCAAGGCGCAGGCCCGUCUUAGUCUUGAGGCUAGCGACUGGUUCAUCCUGGAGGCCUUGUGGAUCAUCAUGAACAAGGCCCAAACUGGCAUGAGAAAUCUCCCUGAGAACCGCAAGUACUCGUACGAUUACACUUACUCGCAGCUCCGUUCGUUCGCGAGCGGUCCGGUGGAUAUGCAGUACGCUUUCUACCUGAAGAAAUACGAGCGAUCUCGCACCCCGGGCGCUGCUCCGACAACCACCCCAAUGUCGUCAGUCCCUGCCGCCGGUUCCUAUCUCAUCGGAGAUCAGACGCGCAUGCCGACGACCUGGAUGGCACCUCCUCCCACUCAUGGAGGGCUCUUUCAUACUAGCCAUGGAAGCUCUUUCGUCCCGAUGCCUUCGCAGGGAACUUGGAUGGUGGGAGGAGGCAUGGGUCAGGCGAUCGCUCAUGGCGGCCCCGCGAGCCACUUGUAUGCUUCGGCUCAGCAUCUUCCCGGAGCUCAGCAGCGUCCUCCCUUGACCUACUACUAA